AUAGAAGAGUUUACAUCUUGUUUGCAAAUGUCAAAAAGCGGAUGUGUUUAGUGAGUCGUGAAAAUGGAAAAAGAAUUGCAGCAGGAGCACGCGCCGGACGUUUGCAUCGCUAAUCCCGAGAGCAAUGGGAUAUUCCCGAACGUAAGUAUAAUCCGUCACGGAAUCGAUCGGGCGGACACAGCUGCUGCUGUGAACUUACUGAUCCAACUAGGUGUUGCGACAGUUGAGGAGACGGAGGAGCAACUGAUAAUUAUAUAUAACCAGCAAGAGCGAAGUACCGAGAAAAUUUAUACGGCUAUCGGUGAUAACGAGUCGGCAGGACCAACUACGUCAGCAGUUCCACAGCCGAUGUCACAGGAGACGAUUGUCAUUGACGGACAUGAAAGUCAACGGUUUGCAGACUCUUCUGUAUCUGCAAAUCAGGAGAUAGCGGAAUCCAGUACGAACAUCAGCACAAACGUACUAACACCGGCUAACCAACGAUUGUCCCGGGUGCCAUCGUCUUCCUCAUCAGAUGAUGCGCUGGAAACCAUUAAUAAGCCUCCAUUCCGCCAUAAGUAUAAUAAGGAAAAUAGAGAUAUCUCUGAUGACGAUAUAAAUGAAAUAUCUGAUUUGACUCCCGACACCCUAACCCAGCUUCUCAAAGAAACCGUGACGGGUUCAAACAUCAUUCAUCAAGCGAAAAAGGGAAUUCUUUCACAACGACGGCAACUUGAGUUGGCCGAGAUAGUCGCGAACUGGCACUUGGCGCACCGUACACGCCUCCAUGAGAGGGAUUUAAAGAAAUAUUCUCGUGUGAUUGUGUUGCUAUUCAAAAGCGAAAAUCAGGACUCGUAUUUCUUACCGCGUGGUGGGGAUAAACGAAAUCCGGGAGGAAAAAUCGCCAACAAAAUUAAUACUUUGAAAAACAAGGCUCGAAAACGUAAGCUGCAAGACAAAGAGCAUGAAUUGAUUUUAAACAAUAAAAAUGUUGCUCAAAAAGAAAUAAGUGAAGAGGCCAACAGUAUUGCACAAGAAUCACUCGAUUGGCUGAAUACUAAUAGCGCUCCGUGGACAACAGUCCUUGAUAAGUGGAAACAGUCCUUUCCGAUUAGAUCCACAUUAUUAAAGAAGCCUAACCUUCUGGACGAACUGAACAAAUCACAGUUGUGGAGCCUAAUUAAAUCGGAACAUGGAUACCAACUGUUUGAUAUUGAUUUUGGACUGCUGGAUUUAAACACCGAGGUGAACACUAGUUGGACCGAACAUUUUUUAAUAAUUGGCAGCUACAUCAGACUUCGUUCGAUUGAUGAAACAUCAGAACGUCUUCUUAGCGUUCUAACCAGUAACGCUGCAACGGACGACGAUCGUGCUUGUGUGCUUCUCUUACUACUUAACACCGUUUUACAUCCCCAAAAAGUAACAAGUAGUUACAAACCAACGGUUGUAAACGGGAGAGAGGACACUAUAUUGUUUGCCAAUAGUGAUAUUGAAGCUGACGAGAAGGUUCGGGAGCAGUAUAAAGUAUACCAACAGCUUGGUAUACCGCUCGUUCCCAAACUCGUAUUCUUUGGACGACUUUCGGGAACAUUCAGAGUAUAUUUCCAAGGUUUUUACUACUCGCUCCAAUCAGCCCGGCGGGCAAUUGACGUGUACAUUAAGCUUACAGCAGUUCUCUCAUUGAAACAUUCGAAGAUAAGUAAACUGGUGUGGUUGUUCAUUGCUCGGUUCUUUUACGGCAUAAAAGUAACCGAGAGAUACGCCAGCAUUGACAGAUUGGAAGAUUUUGUGAAAUCGUCUAUUACAAAACUAUGUCUAUUACAAAAUGAAAAUCGGUUGCUUUGUUGAGCAAUGCUUUAGGCAGUUUGAAUCGCCAGCUGAAAAUAUUGAACACUUGCGGGAAAGUCAUCAAGUACCAAGCAGCUAUCGAUUUCCGUGCACAUAUCCGGGGUGCUUAUCAGUGUUCAGCAAAUUGUACCCAUUCAAACGUCAUAUCCCAAGCAACCAGAAGUACGGAUAAUACUUAAAAAGCACACUUUAAAGUUCACAUAAAGUUCUUAGCAAACUUUCAAGCUGCUUAAGCUUUAUUGGAACUUGAAAGCUGCUUAAGCCGCUAUUCGUACGCAAAACGUAUCGCAAAAUUACUUAAAACGGAAAGCUUAUCCAGCUCCCUUAUACGCACUUUUGGUUGCUUGGGAUCUUUACUCACCGAUUCUGUCAAAAUCAUGUCUCCGAGGACGAAAUACAUGAGGAUUGCCAAGCUGGCCCGAGUCUUAGUCCAACAUUACCGAAGAAAAGCUUAGAAAGCGGAUGCCGUUCUAAUACACAACAUUUAGAACAAUCUCUAGCGGUCAUCAAAGCAGCUGCAGUUAACUUUACUCUAAAGUUGCAUCAGAAGAACAAUUUAACCAGGGCCGAUGUGCGAUAUAUACAGAAAGAUUCCCAAGAUGUGUACUCUUUAACAGCCGAAAAAAUAGAGGAUUACACCAUUACAAAGUGACGCGGAAUCACUAUUCAAUUUUGAAACUUAUGUUAAUACACUUAAAACUACUUUCGAUUUCAUAAACACCGAUUAUAAAUUUUUGAAAUAUCUACAACAACAAAAUUUGUUCAAACCUCCGACUGUUUUGACUAUAAAUAAUAAUAUUGUAGCAGAAAUUCCUAUACUAGAUCCAGACCAUGUUCAAAUAGAUUCAGCGAAAAAUUAUUUUGUGUUGAUGGAUAUUGAAUUUCAGUUAAAAUCGUUUUUUGAAAGCAAAAAUGUUUGGAAGGAAACAAUUAGGCAUCUUUGUGAACUCGAACAAUCAGAUAGAAUGGCGACAUGACGGAACUCUAGUGACAUGGUAGAACUCUUUCUUCUAGUAUCUGAACUGUACACCAAAAAUUAAGUACAUAUCAGAUUAACGACCCGCGCGCAAUCGUCCAAUAACACCCGCGAAUCAAUCUAUGGAACCACCAGGACUUAACUCUACAUUAAUAUUGAAUAUUUUAAAAAUCGUAAAAAAUAUACUCUUGCUUACGAAAGAAAGAGCAAAACAAAUACCUUUCAGCCAACAAUUUGACAGAUUAUCUGUCAAAAGUGCAAUAAUA